AGGUUGCAUUGCAGCAUCAAAUCCAAUUCUGUUCAUCUCUAUUUUCUUUGUUUCAAUGUAUUUAACAUAUUGUCCCUUCACUUUGGAAACAGAACUGACUUAUAAUGUUAGCAAUUUGGAGGUCCUCAUCCUCUCAUGGAAUCAGCUCAAUGGAACAUUGCCAAUAGAAGGCAAGAAAUUUUUCAUUUUAAGUUACAUUGUUAAUUUGUUUUCAAAUGGAAGUCAAUUCAUCGUCUUUAUUAUUAUUUUUCUAAUCUUAAGAUCAUUUUUGAGCUCUGUUAUUUUUGUAAGUUCUUUUGGCAUCAUUUAUCUUUUAUUAUAUGUUUUGGCAGGUUUGGCAUCUUUCUACCAUCUGAAGAUCUUGGAUUUGCAACAGAAUGGUUUCUAUGGGAGUGUUCCUCCAUUCAUAGGGGCAUCUUCUCUGAAAGCUUUAUAUUUGAAUUCAAAUAAAUUUAAUGGUUCUUUACCCAUUCAAGGUUUAUGUGAACUGAAGAAACUUGAAGAGCUUGACCUCAGCUAUAACCACAUUGAAGGAAUCCUUCCUCCAUGCCUAAGCAAUUUGACAUCUCUCAGGUUGUUUGAUGUCUCUGGGAACCAAUUCAUAGGAAACCAUUUAUCAUCUCUGCUGGGCAGCCUCAAUUCCCUAGAGUACAUUGAUCUUAGGCAUAAUCGUUUUGAGGAAUUAUUCUCAUUUAGCUCAUUUGUGAACCAUUCCAAGCUUGAGGUGGUUGCAAUUACAAGUGAUAAUGACAAAUUUGAGGUGGAAACUGAAUAUAAAGAUUGGUUACCCAUGUUUCAGUUGAAGGUCUUUGUGCUACCAAACUGUAAUCUGAACAAGCGCUCUGGUGAUUUUCCGAAGUUUCUUCUUCACCAAAACACACUAAGUUUUAUUGAUCUCUCCCACAACAACUUGGAAGGUUCAUUCCCAAACUGGCUACUUGUGAACAAUACGAAACUGGAAUAUUUAAGUCUGGAGAAUAACUCUUUUGUUGGUGAAUUUCAUUUGUCGCCAUAUUACAAUUCUUAUACUUGUUGGAUGGAUGUUUCAGACAAUCAAUUAAUUGGGCAUAUUCAACUUAAUAUGGGAGAGAUGGUUCCAUAUCUUAUACACAUAAACCUAUCUAGGAAUGCUUUUGGAGGUAGUAUCCCAUCCUCAAUUGGUAAGAUGAGAAUUUUGGAGGUUUUAGAUUUAUCCAGUAAUAAUCUUUUAGGAGAAGUACCGAAGCAGUUAGUUAGAAAUUGCUGA